AGCGACGAUAUUGACAACAAGCGUCAUCGUGAUAAACCAAAUCGCAUCAAAACUACAAAAUAUAGUUUGCUGACAUUUUUACCCCUAAAUACGUUGGAACAAUUUCGACGAAUUGCAAAUGUUUACUUUCUGAUAAUGACCAUUGCUUCAUUUUUAAUUGAUAGUCCGGUAUCACCUAUGACAGCUUUGGUGCCAUUGCUUUUCGUAAUCAUUGUGACAGCUGUAAAACAGGCAUAUGAAGAUUUUCUUCGGCAUAAAUCCGACAAUAGGGUGAAUCGUACUAAAGUGACAAUAAUUCUCAAAGGCUUUAAGAAACAAAUUCAAUCCCAAUAUGUGGCACCAGGAGAUUUGCUCUACAUCGAACGUGACUGUGAUGUAGCCUGUGAUUUGGUGCUAUUGUCAUCUUCAUAUUGUCGUGGAAAAUGUUUUGUAACAACAGCUAAUUUAGAUGGGGAGUCGAAUUUGAAAACUUUACUUGUUCCCAAAGACCUGCCGGUUAUGGAUUUUGAAAAUUUAAAAUAUGUUGGUAUAAUAGAGUGCGAACGACCGCAAACAGAUCUAUACACUUUCAAUGGUAAAAUUCAAAUGCAAAAUGUCACAUUAUCCUUAAAAUCGGAAAAUAUUUUAUUACGAGGCUCCAGACUGAAAAAUACAGAAUGGGUAAUUGGCUGUGCCGUCUAUACGGGAAUGUCCACCAAACUGCAAUUGAAUUCCAGGAUGACACGUAAUAAAUUUGCUUCCAGCGAAAUUUAUCUAAAUCGUUUCCUGAUCUUUAUUGUAAUUUUGAUGAUUGCAAUUGUAACGGUCCUAUAUGUUUUGAAAAGUGAAACUGAAUUGUCGUUAAUUCCGAACGCGACAUAUUUGGGUUUCCCAAUCGAUGUGUAUAAUUUGAAGCAAUUCUUUCAAGAUUAUUUGUCAUUUUUGGUAUUGUUCAAGUAUUUAAUUCCCAUCUCAAUGUAUGUUACCAUUGAGUUGUAUCGCGUUAUGGCUGGCCAAUUUAUACGUUGGGAUGUGCAACUUUAUGAUGAGGAAAUUAAUGAACCCUGUAUGGUGAAUACCACGAAUUUGAACGAAGAAUUGGGUCAAAUAAAUAUUUUGUUUUCGGAUAAAACGGGAACAUUGACGAAAAAUGAAAUGAUCCUGCAGCAGUGUUCAAUUGGUGGAAGAAAAUAUGUGUAUAGAGGAAACUAUUUGGAGGAUGAGGAGACCCAAGAUGUGAUGGAUUUAGAUAAAUUUCAGGAUCACCAUAAGGACUUUUUUCAGGCUCUUUGCAUCUGUCAUACUGUUCAGGUAGUUGGCCAUUUAAAUGAUGAUAAACAGAUGGAAGCUACUAAAGUACUAAGUGAUAGCUUUGAAGCUCCAGAGGAUAAAAUAAAAUCAUCAGGAUCUAAUUCAAUAAACCCUCAAAGAACCACUAUCGAGCAGGAAUCCGGUAAAAGAGUGAAUAAAGUGAACUGCAAAGAUAAACUGAGGGGUUAUAUGGCGGAAGAAAUUAUAAAAAAUUUAGAUUAUCAAGCAUCCAGUGCUGAUGAAAGAGCCCUGGUGGAGGCUUGUGCCCAUUUGGGAUUUAUUUAUGUAGGAGAUGAUAAUGAAACGUUAAAAAUACGUUUUUCCACCUCAUCAAAUGAUAUACACUUUCAACGUUUACAUGUUUUGGACUUCACGUCGGAACGAAAACGAAUGAGCGUUGUUGUGAAAGACGAAAAUAAUGUCAAAUGGAUUUAUACAAAGGGUGCUGAGAGUUGUGUCUUACCUUUGUGCAAUCACCAGUCGUUGGAAAUAAUUUCGAAAACCAAUUCACAUAUAAUGGAUUUUGCAUGUCACGGAUUGCGGACAUUGGCAAUAGCAAGACGUGAAAUCAGUGAUGAAGAAUAUCAGAAAUUUAUCAUGGAGUUACAAAUAGUGAAUUUGUCAUUAGAUAACCGGAGGGAGUUGAGUGAGAAAUGCUAUGCAAUUCUUGAGAAAGUUAAUGGUACUGUAAAAAUACGUAUGAGUCUUGAAAAAGAAACCCAAAAGCCCUGCUCUCAGUACACAUGUACGAAGAACAACGAUCCCCACCAAAAAGAAACAUAA